ACCUAUAUAAAUUCCAAAACAUUACAAGUAUAUAUUUUGCGUAGAACACAAGGAAACGAGAGGACUUUAGGGUUGACCAAACAAAAUGAGCCAAGAACAGUUGGAGAAGAAACCUAUAACUCAUGACGUAAAAGAAGAGGCCCAAAAGACUCCGGCAACAGCUCAAGGCAUUGAAACGGCGGAGGACAAAGAGAAAGGUGUUGUCGUGGUUGAGGCUUCCGGUGGUCAGGACGAGGGAGAAGCAAACCAGAAAAAGCCGGAAGGUACCAUAACGAUCGGAGAGGCUCUAGAGGCAACGGUUCUCACAGCAGGGAAUAAGCCGGUUGAAUGGAGUGAUGCAGCGGCCAUACAAGCUGCUGAGGUUAGAGCCACAGGACGGACCAACAUCAUGCCAGGCGGUGUUGCCGCUUCAGCUCAAUCAGCUGCCACUCUCAAUGCUCGAGCUAACUCCGAAGACGACAAGACCACGCUCGCAGAUGUUCUCACUGGAGCGAGUAGCAAAUUACCAUCAGACAAACCAGCAACGAGGAAAGAUGCGGAGGGAGUGACAGGAGCAGAGAUGAGGAACGAUCCUCAUCUCACUACUUACCCAACAGGUGUCGCCGCCUCCGUCGCUGCGGCUGCUCGGAUUAAUCAAGCCAAGUGAUACCAUUCUUCUUUCUUGGAAGCUACGUAACUAACUCUAUUGAGAAGGCAAAUAUGUAAACUAACAGCUAUAUGUAUAUAUAUGUUGAUGUAUAUAAGAUUUUGAAGCUUUUUAAGCUACAUUAGUUCAACAAAUAUCCAAGAAGAUCAGAAUGAAAUAGAUAAGUUAAACAAACAUGAUAAGAAACCUCUUUUAAGUAUUGUGUAUCCUCAGCGGGAAAAUUUGAAGAACAAUCUCAUGAAUAAAAGAGAGAUAAAACAGCACACAAUAAAUC